CCGCUACUUCCGCCUUACUUCCUGCCCAUGAAGAAAACUAAAACAUUAAACCAGACGCCGGCGGUCCCUCCGAGUUAACCCGGUCUCUUUGCUCCGUGUGGGUUCUGCUCGGCUGCCGGUGGUUCUGGGAGCCAGCUGGGGCCCUGAGGAGAGUUUGGAGCCAUGGCUGAGCGAGGAGAGGAGGGAAUGGAGGCCGCUGAGGGCGGAGAAGACGUCAUCGAUGAUCCCAUCUUGGAGCAAGGAGUGGUGGUGCUCAGGGGGUACGUGGUAGAGCGUAUAAACACGGAGGACCCCGACCGCCAUGUGGUCUCUGAGGACCUGGGAGGAAGGCCGCAUGAACUGGAUGACCCGGAAGUGAAGGAAGUGGUGGAUCAGCUGUUGAAAAUAGCAGAUGACCUGAAUAGAAACGCAGAGUUCCAGCGGCUCAUCAACCAGGUUCAGCUAAACUGCGCCAAGGAAGUCUUCAUGAUCGUGGCCAGAAGCAUCUUUAUGGACGGCAUCAACUGGGGGAGAGUGGUGUCUCUCUUCCAUCUGGCCUACAGACUCAUUUACAGGGCUCUGACCACCAACCACCUGGAGAACAUCCGGAUGGUGACCAGCUGGGUCCUUCAGGUGAUCAGAGAGCUGCUUUACCCCUGGCUGGUGCAGCAGGGAGGAUGGGUUGGCGUGAUCCAAAGCUUCUCCCGAUGGAGGACUGCCAUCAUUGCUGCGUCGGUUGUUGUCAUAGCAACAUUUGUUUACUACAGAUCGAAACGCUGAGAGCCGCAGCCUUUCCUGGAGACAUGCAGGAUGCUGACAAGGACAGUUCCUCCAACUUCAACAAUCAUUCCUCAACCUGAAAUAGUUCUGAAAUCGAUAUAUAAAUGUGUUUAGAUGGAUAGAUAGAUGCAAUAAGUGACCUGGUGCAACACUGAGGUCUGUCCUGCUUCAGUGCUCAUCACAUCAAAUGUUAGCAUCUAACUUCUGUUUUCCUGAUUGGAGAUCCUGCAACCAUCAGCUGUGUGGGAGCUUGCUGCACAAGUUGGAGGUUCUCCUGGGUUUCAGUAAAAUACAGACUUUAUGGUAGCUAGAAUUAAGCCUGCCGGCUUUGCCGUUUAAUCUGACGGACCUUUAUGGGCAUGGCUGCAGCAGCGGCUGAAAGCGCUGAUCGUUUCUUUCCCCGUUGAGAACUGGGCACCAGAGUUCACCUUUUCACUCCAUCCUUGCAAUGAAAAUCUCAGGGAGACAUUUUCUAAUGAAUCCUUAUUAAGGUGUUUCUUUUAAUAAACAGAGAUGCUUUAAGGUGCAAGUAUUUAA